AUGUCAAAAAACGCGGAUCUGUUCAAGAAACGACAAAACGUCGUACAGGAAAUUAUUAAGACAGAGCAUACAUAUAACAUGGGUCUUCAAAUGCUUAACACAUUAGUUACCAAAAAACUUCUGAAAUCGUUAGAUGAUAAAGAAUUUUCACUACACUAUGCAGAAUUGAGGAAAUUAUUCGCCAAAUUAAUUGAUGUCGAAAACUUCAGUCGUGCUUUUGUCGAAAAAUUGCAUACAACAAUCAUCGCUAAUAAAAAUACGAAAAAUAUCGCCGAAGCUUUUGAUGGCCUUAAGCAACUCGUCGAUGUUUACUUCGAAUACAUUUAUGCCUACCAUUCUAAUAUGCCAAAUAUCAAGACGGAGCGCACUAAAAACGCUGCUUUCUCCAAACUCGUAGAAUACUUCGAGACUAACGCCAAGGAUACCAUUGAAGCCUUCCUUAUCACUCCAGUCCAGCGUCCGCCACGUUAUCGUCUUCUUCUUCAGGAAUUGAUCAAAUAUACUCCAAAAGAAACUCAAGAAUACACAGAUUUAAACAAAUACCUUCAAGAAAUUAUGCAGGCUAUUGCCAGCGUGGACGAUAAGAUCGAUGUCUUCGAUGAAUACAACAAAAUGUGUCAAUUACAGAGCAGCGUCUCUGAUUUCGAUAUUAUCGGCGUCAAAGGCCGGAGAAUGUAUUUCCAGGGUCCUGCAACUAAAUUCUCCCGUAAAUAUACAAAUAAUCGUUAUUUGGCCAUUUUCAACGAUGGUUUACUUGUUCUUGAGUCAUACAUGGUUAUUAACUGGAAGCCAAACAAAUUCUACAAGACUGGUGAAUAUCUAAUCAUGGAUGUUGCAGAUUCCCCACCAUUUGUAAAUGCCAUUGAUGUUCGCCAGAAAGACAAAUCAUUCAGAUGUAACCUUGAAGAUAGUAAGGCCAAAGUUGAGUUCCUUCAAGGAUUUGAGAAAAUGAUGAAGGCAAAUAAUUUGACUCGAGCAGAUCUCGAAGUUCGCGGUUUCGCACCUGUAUGGAUACCUGAUGACCAAGCUCCUGUUUGCAUGGAAUGCCAAAAGAAGUUCACAUUGUUCUUCCGCCGCCAUCAUUGCAGAAGAUGCGGAAAAUGCAUCUGCAGCGAUUGCUUCAAGAACCAGAUUCGUAUUCCUGGUAUAUCAGAGAGCCCGAAGCACGUUUGCAAUGAAUGCUACAAAGAACUUAUUUCAAGAGAAACAGAAUUGUUAGAAGCACUCACAAAAAGAGGCCCAUCGCAAGAACAAGAAAAAGCUGAUGAUAUUGAUGAAGAUGUUCCAUUCGUUAGCGCCCUUGACCAGGAUAGUGACUAA